CAAGCCUCUCAGUCGCAGUUCAAUCACUUUUGUCGCUCGACCUUUUCCUUUGCCUUCACAUUCAUUCAAUACAACCGCCAAAAUGGUCAAGGACAACCCAAAGACUCAACCCAAAAAGACGACGCCGGCUCCCAAGAAGAGUCGAUCAGCCAUCUCCGACGUCGUCGCCCGCGAAUACACAAUCCACCUCCACAAGCGAAUUCAUGGCGUCAGCUUCAAGAAGCGAGCGCCCCGCGCCAUCAAGGAGAUUCGCAAAUUCGCGACUAUGGCUAUGGGAACCAAGGACGUCCGUCUCGACCCACAAUUGAACAAGAAGGUCUGGGAAUCCGGAAUCAAGGGCGUGCCCUUCCGUCUGCGAGUGCGCAUCAGCCGUAAGCGUAACGACGAGGAAGGUGCCAAGGAGAAGCUGUACAGCUACGUGCAGGCUGUAAACGUCAAGGAGAAGGAGGCCAAGGGACUGCAGACUGUUGUUGUUGAGGAUUCAUAGAGGGACGGUCAGCCAUUCAUGAUGAUGAUGUGAGCGAUGCUUUACACACAAUCUUCACGUCAAAAGGGCGGAAGAUGCCUGCGAUGUUAGCGAUGGCUUGCUCGGCAGACACUGCGAGCGCAAAGAGCAACUGAGUGUCGUGCUCAAGAGAGCACGGAGGAUUGACUUUCUUCCAAGGACGAGGCCCUGAAAUCUUGAUACCAAUGCAGAAUGUGGCGCUUUGCCAUACAAGUCAACCUCGUAUUGAAGCAAGAACUCUGUGUAUUGAUCAUCUAUCAUACAAUUGGUGCCUGCCAAAUUUCC